CGUCCUCCGGUCCCGCGCGCCCCGUCCGAGCCCCGCGCGCCCCGUCCGAGCCCCGCGCGCCAUGAGCUCCACGCAGUUCAACAAGGGACCUUCCUACGGGCUCUCGGCCGAGGUCAAGAACCGGCUUCUAUCCAAGUAUGACCCUCAGAAGGAGGCAGAGCUACGCAGCUGGAUCGAGGGCCUGACCGGCCUCUCCAUCGGGCCCGACUUCCAGAAGGGCCUGAAGGACGGUGUGAUUCUGUGCACGCUCAUGAACAAGCUGCAGCCCGGCUCCGUGCCCAAGAUCAACCGCUCCAUGCAGAACUGGCAUCAGCUGGAGAACCUGUCCAACUUCAUCAAGGCCAUGGUCAGCUACGGCAUGAACCCGGUGGACCUGUUCGAGGCCAACGACCUGUUUGAGAGUGGGAACCUGACACAGGUGCAGGUGUCUCUCCUGGCAUUGGCGGGCAAGGCCAAGACCAAGGGGCUGCAGAGCGGUGUGGACAUCGGGGUCAAAUACUCGGAGAAGCAGGAGCGCAACUUCGAUGACGCCACCAUGAAGGCGGGGCAGUGUGUGAUAGGCCUGCAAAUGGGCACCAACAAGUGCGCCAGCCAGUCGGGCAUGACGGCCUACGGCACCCGGCGGCACCUCUACGACCCCAAGAACCACAUCCUGCCGCCCAUGGACCACUCCACCAUCAGCCUGCAGAUGGGCACCAACAAGUGUGCCAGCCAGGUGGGCAUGACGGCCCCGGGGACACGGCGCCACAUCUAUGACACCAAGCUGGGCACGGAUAAGUGCGACAACUCGUCCAUGUCGCUGCAGAUGGGGUACGCCCACGGUGCCAACCAGAGUGGCCAGGUCUUCGGCCUGGGCCGGCAGAUCUACGACCCCAAGUACUGCCCGCAGGGCCCAGCGGCCGGCCUGGGGGACAGCGAGGAGGCUCCGGGUGGGCCCUUCUGCCAGGAGCAGGAGGGACAGGGUGGCUGCUGAGGCGUUCCCCCCACUCCCGGGGACUGUGAGUGCCUGGAGUUGGGGGGCCCCUUCCUCUUCCUCCAGCUGUCCCCUAACCGUCCUGUCUUCCUGUCCCCGCCUGCAUCCUCGCUGUGGCUUCCGUCUCCUUCGGACCAGGGCAACAGUGAGGGCCAGGCAGGGGCACCCCAUUCCCUUUGAGCACCCCUACUUUUCUCCUCAUCCCGACUAUCCCGGCUCUUGUUUGGAGGGGGGAAGCUGGGCCUGAGGUACCCCUCCCCUCUCCGCAUGCUGGGAGAUAAUGUGAAAUACUGUGGACCAAGAAAGCAAAUAAAAACCUCCAUUUGUAA